AUGGCAGAAGCGAAUACCGAUUCCGAGGAACCAGUCGUCAAACAGACUGAUUCGACCGCGAAGGUAGCUCAACUUGGAGUCGUUUUGGGCCCAGACGGUAAACCCUGCAAGCCAUGUACUGCAUUUCGGAACUGGAGAAGACUGCAAAAAUCUGAAGGCGAGGAGAAGGGGAAAUCAUCGACCUUGAUGGCCUUUGGUCCUUCAUCAUCCUCGAAUGAACCCGACAGACCACCUGCACAUUGCCCGCCGGAUGUGGAGCAGCUAGGCAACGCUACCUGGACUUUCCUUCAUAGCACUGCUGCGUAUUAUCCUAAUCGUCCCACUCCAAAUCACAGAGCUAACAUGCUCUUGCUGAUCCGUGCUAUCCCCACCCUUUAUCCUUGCUCGCAUUGCGCGGAUGAUUUUGGUCAAGACGUCAAAGUCAAUCCACCGGACGUGAGCAGUAGAGCAGGACUAAGCAAGUGGCUUUGCGAGCGACAUAACGAGGUCAACUUGAAGUUGGGGAAAAAACCCUUUGACUGCACAUUGGAAAAGCUGGAUGAGCGAUGGAAGAAUGGACCUCGCGAUGGUAGUUGUGAUUGA